UUGUGAGAUUAACCCGUACAACCAGAACUUCUCUGUUGUUUACUACUGACUCAUAUAUGGGCAUUAAAAAAAUUGCGGCACAGUAGACGAAUCAAUGCACCCAGAUCCCGCAUCUUGUUCUUCGCAUUCUGGCCUUGACCAGGUGCUAUUGAAGAAGCACUGAUUGCACGGUCAAAGCCCUUGAAACUCCUUGUGUCUAUAUAUACUCCACCCAUGAAUUUCCACCAUCAAAACGAUCGGUGUCUUUAGCAAUGAUGACAAGCAAAUAUCUACUGUUUUGCUGCUUAGCAAUCCUAGUGUUCUGCACGAAAGCUGUCCCUUUAACUGAGCCUCGAGCAGAAGAUGCAAAAAAUCAAGCUGAACACGUUGCUGUACAAGAAGUCGAAAAUAAAGUGCAACAGCCAGCAGCCAUAGAUAGAAUAGACGCAGAUCUUCCUCUCUCCGAUAAACCAGAUGAGAAAAACGACAAAGAAGAUUUGGAGACGGCCAACACCUUCUGGGGCGGCUAUUACAGGACACCGGUAUGGGGUUGGGGUAGAGGCUGGGGAUAUGGAGGAUAUCCCUCCUAUAGAAGCUAUGGAUGGGGUGGCAGAGGGUAUAAUGGUUGGGGCAGUGGAUACAGAGGAUGGAGCAAUGGAUAUUAUUGGAGAUAGAUUGGUCUGAAGGAAAUAAUUAAUCUUUCCAUCAGGUGCUCGAUUUUUUUUACUCAAAAUCAUCAUAUUUAUACGCGAGAUAAAUGAAGUACUCAACAGACUAUUUCGAGAAUUUAAUGUCCAAAACUUUGUAGUUUGUAGAAUCUUUCAUUUUGCAAAAGAACUGUAUGUUGUGCUGUUUUUUGAUGAAUGAAAAACUAUUCUUAUAGAUAAUAACGAUACACAAAUCAAGAUUAUUGACUUUGAGUUGUAGGUGUUGGUUUUAUAGGUUGGGCUAAACUAUCAGAAGAAACAGCUCAGAGUAGUCAUACUGAUAUUUGUGUUUCUUUAUUUGGUUAUGAUGUUUAGUUUUAAUGUUUACUCAGACUUGAAGAGCCAGUUGAUUAAUAUAUAAGGAAUGUUUCCUUUUAUCCGUUCGUAUUUCUGGAAAAUCCUAGUGCCUUCAUAAUGAAUAAAGUCAUGUUCUUUCAA